CAGUGAAGCAGUUCGUUAUCGCGCUGCAUCAGCUGAGCAAUACCGAAGGUGUCAACCAGACAAUUCUGAUACUGAUACCCAAGCUGAGUGAAAUCAUUCGUACCGACGAGGAACGUACGGUGGUAAUGUCCGGUCUGGACGCUUUCAGCGACAUUCUGGACGAGGUCGGUGCGGCCACGUUUACCGCCGAUGGACAGAAGGAUGCCAUCUUCAACUGCAUCGUCGAUGUGCUAAAUGGUAAGGUUGCGUGUCAGUUUGAUGAGCCGGUCGAGGAGGACCAGGACGAGAGCGAGUACGACGAAGCGAUCCUUGAAUCGGCCUGUGAUAUUCUGCCCAAGUUCGGCCGGGCUCUGGCACCGGAAGAGUUUGCCGUUUAUUUCGGGCGAGUGUGGCCAUACUUGAUGCAGAAAAUUGAAAAAUCAAAACAAAAAGACGAAACAACCGAUUCACAGCGUGUAUUUGCAAUCGGUGUGCUGGCUGAAUGCUUCCAGGGACUGAAGGAAUUCACGCGCAACUGGGUCGAUGCCUUACUGCCUAUCUUUUUGUCCUGCGUACAGGAUCGUAAUAACGAUGUGCGCAGCAAUACGGUCUACGGACUCGGAGAGAUGGUCCUGCACGGCAAUGAGUGUACCUAUGGACAUUACCCCCAAAUCAUGGCCGCGCUCUCGCAGCUCGUUGCAAAAGAACAACACGCCAAUACGCUGGAUAAUCUUUGUGGUGCACUGGGUCGCAUGAUUACUACCAAUUGUAGUUUGGUUCCACUGAAAAAUGUCCUUCCCGUAUUUGUUCAGUAUUUGCCUCUGCGGGAAGAUUUUACGGAAAAUUUAGCCGUUUUCCGAGCGCUCGAUUUACUGUACCGCCAGGGCGAUGAAAAUCUGAUCCCUCUGCUGGGCCGUGUAGUGAUCGUUGGUCUACAGGUUCUUUAUAAGAAGGAACAUCACAGUGACGAAUGCCGAGAUCUGGUGUUCAAUUUAGUGAAACAAAUAAGCAAAGAUUUCCCGGACAAGUUCAACGAGGUCGUGCGUAGCGAUGCCGAGAUUGCUAGUUUCGUCCAAACAUUGAUGCUGCAGUAGAAGUUGGAGAAGGUCCAUUUCGUGCGCAAACUGUUUGUAUCGUACAUCAACCCAUACCUACUGUAUAAUACAUGCAUGAAACGGGACAGCACGAAGUAGUAAGUAACGGAUAGCAGCAUGUUGAUGUUGAUGAAAGAGGGUUAAGUGUAGAUGAGCCGUCUUUUCCCAUCUGCAAGGGGAGUUUGGUAACUGGUAAACAACCCAGAGAGCGCGUGGCGGAACUCAGCUAAGCUGAGCCGGCAACUCACUCCUCUCAAUCGUCCUGUUUUAGACACACAGGUAUACAUGGACGAGAACGAAAUGAAGGGAGCAUGUUCAUAUUUUAUAGGUUGUUAUUAAUGGUCAUGAUUCAUUCGUUUUUCUCAUACCCGCAUAAUAUUAGCUAACCGAAUUCUAAAGAGUGUAGCAGCGUGUGUUAAACCGCCGAAACCAUAGAACCACAACCACCAGAAGAUUAAUAGAUAUUAUACCUGUGCGAUAACCAUCCGCUCUUAGUAUAGCCCCCAUUUUUAUGCUACUAUCUACGAUAAUACAUAACGCGAGUUUAGUAGCUCACUGUCAGCCACAACACAUAGCAUGUUUUAAAAUUCAAAUUAAGUUAAACCCUCGUUUCACUCUUACCGGCCACAUUAGAAGUAAUUGUAGUUCCACUGCUGUUAAAUCGAAACCCGCCAGUGAACGCGCGACAUGCACGUUGCGUGUAUGACUUGUCAUUGCUAAGUAUUUGUUCUGUGUAGUCGCUGUGUAUCUAACCUUUUUGUCGCUAGAUAUCUUCUGCAUAUUCUCAUACCAGGUGUAAACGACCUAAUUCCUGUUGUAUCGCUCGGCAGCCGCACCGACUCCAUGCGUUAGCAAAAGCGUAUGUAAGCGAAAAGGAAGAAGAUCUUGUGAAUGAAAUUUAUGAAUGAAUCUUCUUAUAAAACUCAAACGAGGAGCUGUGUUAAAGUGUAUACUUUAUGUUUUUUCCCUAUUUCGGGAUUGUUCUACCGGUCUAAUUGCACUUAUUACGACAAAAGACCGCGAGUUGAUCCAUUUCUCUUAUUCGGUUCACACAGGUCGUAGUAGCUGUUUUUUUUUUCAAUUGUCAUCGAGUGCUCACUGAGUUAAGUUCAAUGUAGCAAACGAAAUUAGUGCAUCAGUUAUAGCAAGAAACCUAAUAAGAAUGAAAUGAAGUAGCAUUGGAAUGAUGUAUUUAAGGAAUCCGCAAAUCGCCGCUUUGUUUUAUAAACGACGCUCGCAUUCUCAUCCUCGCCGCCAUAUUACACCCGGGACAGCUACUGGUUGAUAUUGUGUCUGAUAAUGAGCCGCCGAGCGGAGUACAAUAAGUUACAAAAUUCAUUGCCUACUGUGCUCAAAAUGAAAUCCGAUCCACAGGAAUACACUUUCAGUAGUUGAACAACGCUGCGUUGGCAUUGAGCUAUACUAUGGCCAUUUCAAACCCUUGUUUACGUGUAGAGGUAGUGUCAGGUAGGGGUUGCGUUUGGAACGAAUUGCAUUUUUUGCCUCUCUCACGAAAAUACGACAAUACAUAUCGAAACGAUCGAUGUAUACCCUUCAUCAAACGCUCAUCAAUUCAGCCAUAGUGAACGGGUUGUUUAAUGCGAUUUAUCUUUUUUUAAAUAUAUAUUAGCUUUCGGUUGCAUGUAAAAAAAAGGAUAAUAAAUUCUCGUUGGCUGAAAGAACGAAAAACUA